AACAUACGGCCUAUACACAACCCUUACACGUUGGCAGCACACUUCUACAAUCCUUUGCUUACAGUGCAGUUGGUUUGAUUUCUUUUUCCGUAAAUAUGUUUCGUUCGCUUGUAUUGUUGAGUCUUAUUUACGGGCCUGUGUAUGGCAGUGCGGCACUGUCACAGGCAUGUCAAGUGACCGAUGUAAAGAGUCUUCUGGAAGGCUGUGAUCGACUGAUGGGCAUGAACGUGACAAGCGUUGGGGGUACCAUCGUUAAUGACCACAACUGUGACGUGCUUUUACCCAAACAAGUCUUCGCUGAAGAACCUUUAUUUCAAUUUGAACUGGCUGAUUCGAAAAAGUUUUACACGUUGAUAAUGGCAGAUCCCGACGCUCCGCCACAAAUUGAAGGGGAAUUUUUCAUGCACUUGCUGAAAUCAAAUAUACCGGGAUUAGCAUUGAAAUCAAAAGAAAGUAGCAAGACCGUCGGUAUAGACUAUCGAGCUUUUAGGUAUAAGGCGCCACUGCCACCUCGUGGUACGGGCCCACACCGCUACAUUAUCAUGCUGUACGAGCAAGGAGAAGGCAACAAUUUCCUGCCAGCUGUGCCACCCAGAAGUCGGUUUGUGUUGGCAAACUGGCUCCACGGCAAGAACCUUUGCGGCCCAGUUGCUGCUACACAAUUCCGAACACAAUUCUAGAUGGCGCCACGUGUUACGUUUCCAAUUAUAAAACCUUGUUUCUUAUUUUAAAAACAAAAGUUUUUUUUAUUUUAUUCGGUAACCAUGAGAUACCCUUUUACGAAUAGCAUGUUUUAUUUCAGUGCCUAUAUUCUACUACAUAAAUUAAAAAACCAUUGAUCUGCGACUCUACUUCAAAUUUCAAUAGUUUUUUUUUAUUAUUCAUACGUAGGUAUCAAUUUUAUUCAUUUUUAUUUCAAAUACUAGUUGGAUAUAAAUGGAAAUAAUGUAGGACGACCAUCACUAAAGCAUAUGCAUAACUUAUCGCACUGCA